CAACCCCGACAAAACAGUCGAAAAAUAUCUGUUAUGGAUAUAAAAGUAACAUUGUACCCAUCAGUCAUAUUUUAGAAAUAAAACAAUGUCUAAACUGCAGGAUUUGAGCGUUUUUCUGACAGACAGAUUAACUUUAGCUGCCCAGGAGAUAUUCAAGGCUGUGGAAGAUGUCUUCUCGGAGUACAAUGAGGAGAUCUGUCGCUCCAGAAAUGAGAUUGAGCUGCUGAGGAGGAGACUGCAGCAGGCUGGACUUCAGAUCGACUCUGAAACACAGUUCUGCUCCAAUGAGGCUCAAGAUAUGAAGACAUGUACAGAGGAGCAAUGGAGAUGUGAACAAAAUGAGAAGGAUACAAAUGUGCAUGUGAAACUGGAGGUGUACACACAGCAGGAAGAAAAUGACGUCCAGAUGUCAGUGUGUAAUGAAUUGAGAACUUUAUUAUUGCCAUGUAUGGACACAGACCAUGAUCAGAUGGCCAGCAAAAACAUUGAAAGUCAAAUGACGGACGACAGUGAGAAUGAUUUUCCAUUAAUUUACCAAUACGCUCAGAUUAAGAAUGAACCUGGGCUUUAUACUGAAGAAGGUAGUACCAAUAAGGCGCAGCACUUCACAAGACACAGCUCAGAUGAUCCAGGGGGGAGUGGUGCAUCCAGCAGUAAAAAUACAAAAAUCUGCCACACUGACUCUUUUGCACAUACAACACAAGAAUUUAAUCUUCCCUUCAGAAACCAAGAGAUGUUGAAGCAGCAAAAAAUGGAACUGGCCCAAAAAAGGAAGAGAACGCCCAGUCAAUCAUCUGUCUGUCAUAAUGAAGUGUCAAAAUCUGACAAAGUGAAAAUCGUCAAAGCAAGAUAUUACCAAGUCUGGAGGGAUCGCUUGAAAAAUGAUCCUGUGAAAUAUGCUGACUACAAAGCUUCCGAAGCUGCAAGAUUAAGAGAGUACAGAAGAAGAAUGUCUGCUACUUCUUUAGAAAUGUUUAGGAAACAGAACUGUGAGAAUCAGAGAAGAUUUAGAGCCAGAAAGAAGUUACAACAGUGUAAAGCUGAUAAAGAGCCUAAGCCUCCUAAUUAAGUCUUAACAACGAAAAGAUGACGAAGUAACAAGACUAUAAUAGGAUAAAGAAAAGAGAGACUAAUUUGUGAAAGAGAGGCGUACAAAAAAAGAACUGACAAACUAGAAAAAAAUUGGCUCUUCAUGCUAUACAGCUGGAUCUACAGCCUAAAUCUGCAAAAUGGAUGGCUGUGAUACAGAUGAAGAAAUUCCAGUUGAUGCACAACAGUUUGUGGACAUUGUAAUGGACCUUAUCCAUCACUGUACUCCUCAUAAACAAGCAAAUUUGAAAACUAUCCAUCUCAAGAAAAACCUCCACUGACGCUCUAGAGAAGACGGAUACUGCAUUCUUAGAGAAGACGCAGCUAAUUGUCAUUAGUUUGAUGGUUGCCAAAAAAAGUACAAAGUGCAACAUAUUGUAGUAAGGUGCUUUCCCCUUUGUACAGCAUAUCUUACCAAAUUCAAAAUCAAGCUCUUAUCCAAUGAAGGGUCACUAACAAAAUUCAGGUCUGAUGCCACAUACAUGGAUGUUGUGAACGAUAUAAAUCCUUUCUAUCAAUAUUUUAAAAGUAGCCUGGGAGCUUCUUUACAUGAGGAUUGAAACAACAAUAAAGAUUCUUCAUGUAGAUCUGUCAACAAAAAGAACUUCGGAAGCUGGAAACUCUAGAAGAGACACCGGGCCCUUUAGUCUUACUAGUACUUUGAUCUAACUUUAUUUAAUUUUGAUAGAAGAUUCUCUGGGAUUUCAUCAUCUUGUUCACCACCAAUUGAUAGCAGUCUUUGGAUGAAAUUUUUGAAGCGAAGUCAACAGUUUUCUUCUUGGCCCAAGACUCUUGAUGUUGAACUAGUGGAUCCAGUUCACAUAUUUUAUAAACCUGGUCAUUUUGACUGGACUCUAUCCAUUCUCAGAUAAUAAAGAGAAGUUUAAAAACAUUAAUGAGAAAAACAAGGUAAAAAAAGAGUGCAUAUUAAUUAAUCAUAUGAAGAACUAAGUUCCCAUGAGUGACAUUUCAUGACUGACUGUCUUAGUACAGUUACUUGUGAUGAGUUUUACUAUUAAGAGUUAAUUUAAUAGUUUUUCAAUUUCAGAUUUUAAAUUCUACCCUGUGGUGCAUGUGAUGUGUAUUAGUUGUCAGAUAAUUCAGGCUAUGGUUCAAUUGUACAAUAGCUUGUACUUCUCUUUUGAUCAAUUUUAUAUGAUAAUAUGCUUAGAAUUAUAUUAUAACACUAACAGUUAUAUUUCUACCCCUUUCCCAGUCAUGUGUAAUUUCAGUAAAAUUAAUUGUAAUUUACAUUUGAGUUAAAGUUGCGUUUAAUUAAGCGUUUGUUUUUAUUUAGUUGAUUGUAUCAAAUGUAAAGUCCCUGGAGUAAAAUCACUACAUUAAUAAACAGUGCAUAAGUGAGUCGUCAUAAGAAAAUACAGCAAUUGGUUACAGUGUUUUGGCUAGUACAUUGUUACCAAGUGCCACAAUUUGUUAUAAUUGAGAGCCUAGUUAGACUGAUGUU